UGAACGCACCUUUGGUGCCGGGAAGUUUCACAUAUUCAGCUUUGAUUGUCUCAACGUGGUCGCUAUUGCAAAUGUGUUUUUGGUCUGGUUGUCGGCGAUAUUUGCUCACACAUAACCCGUGUGCUUAUUUCAACUAAAAUACGCUUGCUUUUGCGUGGUUUGCUCAGUCCAGCUAUCCAGUGAAUGCAAACAAGCUUUUCGCAGCACAUUUAGCAGAGGACGCGCAUUUGAAGUUAGUUAUAUUUCAACAGAGUAAAAGCUGUUCGUGCUGUUAGCCACAUUGAACUAAUAUCUUGAUUCAAUAUGAGCGAAAGUACUUCGACAGCAACAACAUCAGCCACCACAAUUUCUUCGGCAAACUCAUCCAACCCGGAUGACAAUGCACGCAAGGUGCAGCAAUAUAAAGACAAUUUGAUCAAUCGCGCAGAAACUCUGAUUGUGAAGGAAUUUCCUGAGCGUAUUGUCCGUUUGAAUACUUUAUUGGAGACACCGCAGUUUGCUCAGAGAAAAUUUUGCGAUGUUUACCAGGAGUUGAAUAUUCCAGUCCCGGAGCCAAUCGUAGUGGAAGAUGGUGUUGGAACUGAUGACGGUGAAAAACGAGUCAAGCGUCAGCGUUUGGAAUCUGCGCCGCUCUCAGGAGGAAGUGACGGCACUAAAGUUCAUGCUUUACCAUCCGGACGCGUCGAUUGUAACCAACCCAUCAGCGAACUUAUUCUCAUCGUUAAACCAGUUAUUCGAGCUCUGGUGGAGGAUUCGAAUUUGCUGAAAAUGUGGAUUUCGUUUAUGAUUCCCAAAAUUGAGGAUGGUAAUAAUUUUGGGGUAUCAAUUCAAGAAGAUACAUUGGCAGAGAUCCAAUCAGUAGAGACCGAGGCAGCCGCUUUCUUUGAUCAAAUUUCGCGAUACUUUGUAUCUCGCGCCAAAGUCGUUUCAAAAGUGGCUAAAUAUCCGCACAUUGAAGAUUACAGGCGAGCGGUGGCUGAACUUGAUGAAAAGGAAUUUCUCAGUCUUUGGCUGGUAUUGAGUGAAGUACGAAACCGUUACUGUUCACUACACGAUAUCGUCAUUAAAAAUAUGGAAAAACUUAAAAAGCCACGUUCGUCUAACGCCGACAGUCUGUACUAGAUGUGGUCUAUAAUUAAGCAGAAAAAGUGAAAUGCAGAAGAAUUUAACAGUGAAGUAAAAACUUGCAUUAUCAGACCAAUUUAUCAGUUUACAUUUAUAGAGUUCGUGAUGGACAACAUGAUUAAAAAUAAUCCGGAGAAAUGUGCAUUGAUACCCGUGGGUGACUUUAAUUGUAUUGAUUUGUAUUCGUAUGGAAGGAUUAUACUUGUACGUCAUUUUAAUAUUGAUAGAACGUAUCAUUUAUUUCAAACAUAUUUUUCUUCAAAAACAUAAGUAGUAUAUAGUUCGACCGCAUCUUGUCUUCUGAGUGAAUCUUUGUUUUGCUUGUAUAAAUGUAAAAAUUCACAAUUGCAGGGCAGUGAGCGAAUAACGACUUAAAGCAUAAAAAAUGCUAUCACAUCAUGGUCUGUCAGCAUGUUCGGUUUUGUUGUUCGAUGCCGGAAUUUUAGUUGAUUCGUACACUAGCGGAAUAAACCUGGUAUAAUGUUUUCUCCCACUGCCGACCGAGCUUUCGACGGGCAUCGUAAUCGGUUUAAAUGUGGGUAACGCUAUUCUUAUGUCGUCAGUUUUGUCGACACUCGCGUUUCUCUCGGUGUCUGACUCCAUGUUGCUAUAUUCGGUAGACACCGAUCCGACUUCCGUUUCAGUCGAUAACGUUACAUUCUCGUUGAAUAGGGCGUCCCACGUGCGCCGCGCAUAUCUUUCAGCACGUUCAAAAAAUGAUACUAAACGCGACGGGAAAAGCUGCACGGUUUGCGCCGUUGGCAAUGUCAUGGAAUUUUUUUCAGUGUCCUCAAAUGGUUUAUCCAAAGGAAUAAUAUCUGUGUCCACGGUAUCAGAAAACGACCGUUUCUCGUUAGUGUGUGUAUGGCGAGGUAUACUAAUUGCUACCGGGGUCCAGGAAAGAUAUUCAUUAUCAGGUUUGACCACAUCAUCUAAAGUAUUUGGGCCUGC